CACUAAUUCGUCCAAUCUCCAUUUGUCUCAAAUCUCCAGAUUCUCCAUUCAUGGCGGAUCCUAAAACCCACGAAUUCAUAACAGAAACACAAAAAACAAAUCAUGUCAAUUUUGCCUUCCCUUUGAUCUCCAUUGUCUCGUACAAAUCAUCAUCAGGACCAAAUUCAUUUCAAUCACCUUUUACGUGUUGCAUCGUGGCGGUUUAUCUAGACGUGAUGGGGAAAAUGCGGGAGCUCGAGAGGACGAGAAUGGCGUUCACCAUAACCAUAUUGGCUACCUUGCUGUCCGCGACGAACAUGGCGAAUGCAGCCGACGAAAGCAACCCUGUCUUCGAUCCGUGUUCCGACGCCACCGUGGCGAAGUCCGACGGCUUCUCCUUCGGCCUGGCAUUCGCCGCCAACGCUUCCUUCUUCGCGGGGGAGGUUCAGUUCUCCCCGUGUGACAGGCGACUCGCCUUGGCGUCCAAGCAUGCUCAGCUCGCCGUGUUUCGCCCGCAGGUCGACCAGCUCUCGCUGCUCACCAUCAACAGCACCACGUUCGAUCCGGCAAAGGCAGGUGGGUUCAUGGUAGCAUUUGCUGGGAGGAACUUUGCAGCGAGAUCAGUUCCAACUCUUGUGGCUGAUGGUACCAUGAGCAUAACCAGCUUCACUUUGGUUCUUGAGUUCCAGACGGGUACCCUUGUAAACUUGUACUGGAAGAAAUUCGGGUGUGGUUCGUGCUCUGGUGAGUUCCGCUGCCUGAAUGAACAGGACUGUGCAAUUCCAACCAAGAAGUGUAGGAGCCAUGGCGGAUCUGUUGAUUGCGAGAUCAACAUACAGUUAGCAUUCUCGGGUACUGACAAGUACCUGGAAACGCUCAACUCUUGGUACGAGGUUUCCAGCCUCGGGCAGUAUUCUCUUUACGGGCUGUACUCCAAUGUAAAGGAGAAUCUGUUCAUGUAAAAGGCUUUUUUACCUCACAAAUCAGCUAUGUAAUUUAGACACUGAAAAUUUGAUUAUUCAUUGAUUACUUCCAAUUUUGGUUUGAGGAAGUUUUGGCAGAAGUUGAAGGGAUAUUUUCGUUCAUUCUUCUACGUUAUCUUGCUCAAAAAUGAAAUUGCAGACUUGACACAGUAAACUGCAUAAGGGGAAAACCUAUCACCAACCUGCACUGGUGACAGGUUUGUUUGUCCAUUCACUGGAUCAAGUAGGCGCUUCCCAUCUUCACCAUAUGUCCAUAUCCAUCCACGGACGAAGUCCAUUCCUUCUGCCAGUUACCCAGAAGCCUAUCAUGUUCUUCUGUAUUAAUUGAUAUCAUAAUGAUUAAAUUAUAGUGUAUAUU